CCCCCCACCAGGUGGCCACUCGGCUCCAAUCGGCCCCCAACCCCUCGGCCCUGCUGACCCUGCGCAUGGAAUUCACUCGCAUCCUGUGCAGCCACGAGCACUACGUGACCCUCAACCUGCCCUGCUGCCCCCUGUCACCCCCGGCCUCUCCCUCCCCCUCCGUGUCCUCCACCACCUCCCAGAGCUCCACCUUCUCCAGCCAGGCCCCAGACCCCAAGGUGACCAGCAUGUUUGAGCUGAGUGGGCCAUUCCGGCAGCAGCACUUCCUGGCUGGGCUCCUGCUGACGGAGCUGGCUCUGGCCCUCGAGCCUGAGGCUGAGGGGGCUUUCCUGUUGCACAAGAAGGCCAUCAGCGCUGUGCACAGCCUGCUCUGCAGCCAUGACACUGACCCCCGCUAUGCCGAGGCUACCGUGAAGGCUCGUGUGGCUGAGCUGUACCUACCGCUGCUGUCGCUUGCACGGGACACACUGCCACGGCUACAUGACUUUGUUGAGGGCCCAGGUCAGCGGUCAAGACUGGCCUCAAUGCUGGACUCAGACACAGAAGGCGAAGGGGACAUCGGGGGCACCAUCAACCCCUCCGUGGCCAUGGCCAUCGCUGGUGGCCCUCUGGCCCCCGGCUCCCGGGCCAGCAUCUCCCAGGGCCCGCCCACGGCGUCACGCGCAGGCUGCUCCCUCUCCGCUGAAUCGAGCCGGACCUUACUAGCUUGUGUGCUGUGGGUGCUGAAGAAUGCAGAGCCUGGACUUCUGCAGCGCUGGACCACUGACCUGGCCCUCCCGCAGCUGGGACGCCUCCUGGACUUGCUCUACCUCUGCCUGGCCGCCUUCGAGUACAAGGGGAAAAAAGCCUUUGAGCGCAUCAACAGCCUCACCUUCAAAAAGUCCCUGGACAUGAAGGCGAAGCUGGAGGAGGCCAUCCUGGGCACCAUUGGAGCUCGGCAGGAAAUGGUUCGCCGGAGUCGUGAGAGAAGCCCAUUUGGGACCCAGGAGAAUGUGCGCUGGCGGAAGAGCGUCACGCACUGGAAGCCGACCUUGGACCGCGUGGACAAGACCAAGGAUGAGAUGGAACAUGAGGCCCUGGUGGAAGGGAACUUGGCGACCGAGGCGAGCCUGGUGGUUCUGGACACACUGGAGAUCAUAGUGCAGACGGUGAUGCUCUCUGAGGCCCGGGAGAGCAUCUUGGGUGCAGUGCUGAAGGUUGUGUUGUACAGUCUGGGCACUGCCCAGAGCGCCCUCUUCCUGCAGCAUGGCCUGGCCACCCAGCGGGCCCUGGUGUCUAAGUUCCCGGAGCUGCUUUUCGAGGAGGACACAGAGCUGUGUGCUGACCUGUGCCUGAGGCUCCUGCGACACUGCGGCAGCUGCGUGAGUGCCAUCCGCACACACGCCAGCGCCUCGCUCUACCUGCUCAUGCGCCAGAACUUCGAGAUUGGCCAUAACUUUGCCCGCGUGAAGAUGCAGGUGACCAUGUCGCUGUCGUCCUUGGUGGGGACGGCACAGAACUUCAGCGAGGAGCAUCUGCGACGGUCCCUCAAAACCAUCCUCACCUACGCUGAGGAGGAUGCGGGGCUGCGGGACAGCACUUUCGCAGAGCAGGUCCAGGACCUGAUGUUCAACCUGCACAUGAUCCUGACUGACACGGUGAAGAUGAAAGAGCACCAGGAAGACCCCGAGAUGCUCAUCGACCUCAUGUACAGGAUAGCCCGGGGCUACCAGGGCUCACCAGACCUGCGGCUGACAUGGUUGCAGAACAUGGCGGGGAAGCACGCAGAGCUGGGCAACCACGCGGAGGCUGCCCAGUGCAUGGUGCAUGCGGCCGCCCUGGUAGCGGAGUAUCUGGCCCUGCUGGAGGACCGACGCCACCUGCCCGUGGGAUGCGUUUCCUUCCAGAACGUCUCAUCCAACGUGCUGGAAGAGUCUGCCAUCUCUGAUGACAUCCUGUCGCCCGACGAGGAGGGUUUCUGCUCUGGGAAGCACUUCACGGAGCUGGGGCUGGUGGGGUUGCUGGAGCAGGCGGCCACCUACUUCACCAUGGUGAGGCCUGGGACCUGCCCUGGGAGGGGGGCAUGA